AUGGAGUGGAUCGACGCGGAACGUGGGUUGCUCUCGGUCGCCUUGCAGCCGUGCCAGCUCUGCGCAGACGCUCUCGUCGACGACACUCGGGGCCUCUGCGGCGCGCACUGCCCCGCGCGCGUCUGCACCGACUGCCUCACGCACUUGCCCUGUUGCAUCUUGCCCAUGGCGCUGCCAGCGUGGAAGGCGCGGCUUCCAAAGGACGCAUUUACGGCGCUCGGGUUGAAGCUCGGGGGGUCCUGCGCCAGCUUUUGCCCGACGUGCUCCGUUGAGCUGCCACGCGCCUGCGUCACGGUAGCAACGACGUGGACGGCGGUGCUGAGCGACAAGUACGAUGCGCUGCACGCCGAGUGCUUGGCCUUUGAUGGCGGCGAGCGCACGGCGGCCGAGCUCCUCACGUUUGUGGUCAACGCAUUUGGACCUUUUGCGCGCGAGAUCGUGCCGGCCAUGUACCAGUGGAUGGCGACCGACCACCGACUGUUUGCGUUCGUGGCCACACGCCAGCGUCACCGAGGACCGAACGCAUGGUAUCCCUGCUGCCUCACCAUCGAGUCUUCGAUGGACGCUGCGCCUGCGUCGACGACAGCUGAGGUGGUGCCCCAGAGCCGCUGGCCGCGGGCGCUCAAUGCAUGGUCUCGACAGCACAAGCACAAGAAGCUUAUGGUUGUGGAGGAGGUGUCCUAA